AAACAUCAGACCUGCAUCAACAAUGGCCGAAGAUAUGCAAAUUAAUCCACAACGAGCAAAGCAGCUAUCCGAAAACAUUGCCAGCAUAACCGCGCGCAUCAAUGCCGCGAGUAAAGGCACCAAACCAGUGCGCCUAAUCGCCGUCUCAAAGCUCAAACCCGCCAACGACAUCCUCGCCCUCCACCAACCCCCCAACCCGCUUCAAACCCACUUUGGCGAAAACUACGUGCAAGAACUCCUCGAAAAAGCCAAACUGCUGCCCCGCUCCAUCCACUGGCACAUGAUCGGCGGCCUCCAAUCCAACAAAUGCAAGCAACUGGCCGAGCAAAUCCCCAACCUCUGGUGCGUCAGCAGCGUCGAUACCGAGAAGAAAGCAAAUGAACUCGAAAAGGGCCGCAAAGCCCUCUUAGAAAAAGAUAGCUCAGCGAGUAAGCUGAGGGUUAUGGUGCAGGUCAAUACCUCGGGCGAAGACAGUAAAUCCGGCGUUGAGCCCCAGGAUGCGCUGGCGCUGUGCAGACAUGUUGUGGAUAAGUGUCCGCACCUGCAACUCGCGGGGUUUAUGACGAUUGGCGCGAUUGCGAGGAGCAAGGCUAUGACGGAGGAGAAUGAAAAUGAGGAUUUUGUGGCGCUGAGGGAGACGCGGGAUAGGGUUGCUGAGGCGCUGGGGUGGGACAAGGAAAAGCUGGAGCUGAGUAUGGGCAUGAGUGCGGAUUUUGAGGGCGCCAUUCGUAUGGGGAGUGAUGAGGUGAGGGUGGGGAGUGAGAUUUUUGGCGUUAGGCCGCCGAAGAAGGAUGCCGUUGUUAAGGAGGAGGUUGCUGGGGAGAAGAGUUGAGGUGUUUUGGAUAUGGAUACAUCUCUUUUGGUGGAUUGUGUUGGACCAUCGAAUGUCAUUGAAGAAUAUCAAGGGGGGGGGUGCUCGACAAGACAUAGAUAUCCAAGUACUGGAAAAAAUACACAUCCGAAAUUCGUGUCAACAUUGCAAAAAGGGUACAUUCCUUCCUCUACCCCAACAUCUCAACCCUACAUCAUAACAUCCACCCUACUGCGCAAACAACAAAGCAACGAUAAUCCUCGUCGCCUCAAAC